UCCUUCAGAUUCCGGACGCGCCUUCUCUGCAACUUCUUUGCUCACUACCGAUUGGCGGACAGCUGACGACGACGGCACGGGAACGUUCGUCAACUGUUGAUGAUUAAUUAGUUUCACAACCUGGCAGGCACGUUUUCGGUCUGCUAAUGAAUCAAUGACCACAACUGCGGAGCAGGAGUACCGAUGCGGAUCGGACGACAUUACACAACUUGACACGAUGAUCUUUAAAUCGUCGCUGGGAGCGGAGUUCGGCGCGGCGGAGGAUUUUGUGGAGGUGACGCUUGAUGUGCAAGAAAACAACACGGUUGUGCUUCGAAGUGUUGAGCCGGCGACUGUGAUCAAUAUGGACGAUAGCGUCUCUGGCGGUUCUGGAAUGCCGGCUUGGACUCCUGCUUCCAUUUUGAGAUCUACGUCGGCGAAGCGGAGUUCGUCGCAUCGGUUUCGGCAGUUUUCUCAGGAACUCAAAGCGGAAGCGAGAGCUAAGGCGAAGAAUUUUUCGCACGAGUUAAAAGCCGAAUUGAGGCGGUUCUCAUUGAGCCGGAGCCAUGCGUCUCAGGCAUUCGCCGCGUCAUCGUUAACCGUGAACACGAACAGUGAUGUUGGAGCAGAAAACGGAAUGGAUUCGGCUUUAGCGGCUAGAGAUUUAAGGAGGCAACAAGCAAAGCUUGAUCGAACUCGUUCCGGUGCUGAGAAGGCUCUCUAUGGAUUAAGAUUCAUAAGCGGCAAUAAUAAAACGAGGGGCGUCGAUACGUGUAGUGAACUUGAGAGCAACUUCAAUAAGCUUGCCAAGGACGGUUUUCUCAGCCGCGUCGAUUUCGCUCAAUGCAUAGGAAUGAAAGAUUCGAAAGAGUUUGCUCUCGAGCUGUUCGAUGCUCUAAGUCGGAGGCGAAGACUUCAGAACUCCGAUCGAAUUAGUCGAGACGAGCUGUUCGAGUUCUGGUUGCAAAUUACAGAUCAAAGUUUCGAUUCCAGGCUCCAGAUCUUCUUCAACAUGGUUGACAAGAAUGAAGAUGGUCAUGUCACCGAACAAGAAGUAAAAGAGAUUAUCAUGCUAAGUGCAUCCGCCAACAAGCUAUCUAGACUAAAGGAACAAGCGGAGGAAUAUGCAGCUCUAAUCAUGGAAGAAUUAGACCCUGAAAGAUUAGGUUACAUCGAGCUAUGGCAAUUGGAGACACUUCUGCUGCAAAAGGACACAUAUAUGAACUACAGUCGAGCCCUCAGCUUCACCAGCCAAGCCUUGAGCCAGAACCUACAAGGCAUUCGACGAAGAAGCCCAAUUAAAAAGUUUAGCACGAAAGUGCUCUACUUUCUGCGAGAGAAUUGGAAACGAAUUUGGGUUUUGACACUAUGGAUUAUGAUCAUGGUUGGGCUUUUCACAUGGAAAUUUCUUCAGUAUCGACAUAAAAACGCCUUCAGAAUUAUGGGAUACUGUCUCACCACGGCAAAGGGUGCGGCUGAGACCUUGAAGUUCAACAUGGCUCUCAUUCUUUUGCCAGUUUGUAGAAAUACCAUUACUUGGCUAAGGAAAACAAGAAUAGGGUACUACGUCCCUUUCGACGACAACAUCAAUUUUCAUAAGACAAUUGCGGUGGCCAUUAUAGUUGGCAUCAUUCUCCACGCUGGAAACCACCUAGCAUGUGAUUUUCCAAGGCUGCUUAAUUCCUCUGAAGCUGACUAUGCGUAUGUGAUUGAUGACUUCGGCAAGAAUAAGCCCAGCUAUAUGGACCUUGUUAAAGGGGUUGAAGGUGUUACAGGAAUCAUAAUGGUGAUUUUCAUUGCAAUAGCUUUCACACUUGCAACACGAUGGUUUAGGAGAAACCUCAUUAAGCUACCCCACCCUUUUGAUAGACUCACUGGAUACAAUGCCUUCUGGUAUUCACACCACUUAUUCAUUCUUGUUUACAUAUUGCUCAUCAUUCACGGCUUGUUCCUCUAUCUCGUGCACAAAUGGUAUCUUAUGACGACUUGGAUGUAUGUCGCUGUUCCAGUUUUGCUGUAUGCUGGAGAGAGGAUCCUGAGAUUCUUCCGCUCUGGAUCAUAUAGUGUUCAAAUCCAAAAGGUAGCCAUUUAUCCUGGAAAUGUUCUCAAAUUGCAAAUGUUCAAGCCGCCUCAAUUUCAUUACAAAAGUGGACAGUACAUGUUUGUUCAGUGUCCUGCAGUUUCUCCCUUUGAAUGGCAUCCAUUUUCAAUUACCUCGGCUCCUGGAGAUGACUACCUUAGUAUCCAUGUACGGCAGCUUGGUGAUUGGACCCAAGAGCUUAAAAGGGUUUUUUCUGAGGUUUGUGAGCCUUCCCUCUCCGGCAAGAGUGGUCUUCUAAGAGCUGAUGAAACUACCCUUAAAAGUCUGCCAAGGCUUUCAAUAGAUGGACCAUAUGGUGCCCCAGCACAGGAUUAUCAUAAAUAUGAUGUGCUACUACUUGUUGGUCUAGGCAUUGGGGCUACACCUUUCAUCAGCAUUUUGAAGGAUUUGUUGAACAAUACUGUGAAAAUAGAGGAGCAGGAUUCAUCUACUGGUAUCACUAGCGUUGGAAACCUCAGUUAUGUGAACAAAAAUUCUCAAGCUCCUAAAAGGAAGAAUUGUCUGAAGACCACAAAUGCCUACUUUUAUUGGGUAACUAGAGAGCAAGGGUCAUUUGAUUGGUUCAAAGGUGUUAUGAAUGAAAUCUCCGAGCUGGAUCAAAGGGGGGUAAUUGAGAUGCAUAACUACCUUACAAGUGUGUAUGAGGAAGGAGAUGCUCGUUCAACUCUCAUUACCAUGGUUCAAGCCCUCAAUCACGCUAAGAAUGGAGUAGAUAUCGUGUCUGGCACCAGGGUGCGAACCCACUUUGCCAGGCCUAACUGGAAGAAAGUUCUCAGCAAAAUCAGUUCCAAGCACUGUGGUGCAAGGAUAGGUGUCUUCUAUUGCGGUGCUCCAGUUUUGGCCAAAGAACUUGGCCAGCUCUGCCAUGAGAUUAAUCGAAACGGUUCGGCCAAGUUAGAUUUUCACAAGGAACAUUUUUAAGAUAAGUUUGGAUGCAUCACUUUCUCCCUCAUUCUCAUCUCAAAAAUAUGUCGAGAUUAAAAAUUUCUAGAAUUGUAGAAGUCAUGAAAAAGAAAAAGAAUAAAAGAAAUAAGAUUUAUAACUUGUAGAGACUAGGUAGGAAAGCAGAGACGAAAAAAAAGAGUUGAGUUAUACCAGGUGACUUUGUAGAUUUAGCCAUAUUAGUCCAAGCACAAUCACAAAUAAACAUUAUGGUUUAGUAGGAUUAGGAAUUUUAAACAGGCUGAGUUCUUAUAUUUAGAGAGGGAAUUUUUGUUAUUACUAUUGUUCCUUGAACGCCAUGUGAUCAUCCCAUAAAAGUACAGCGUCAAAUUUUUUUUCUUCGAAA